GAGGUCACCCUCGGCCAUCAUGAUGGAGAAAGAGCCCCCCAACUCCAGCGAAGGCCAGCAAGGCUGGUUCUCAGCCAGGAACGGCAGUGGCAGCUCCUUGGAUCUGGAGUCUGUGGUGCAGCCCCUCGCCUUGAACCUGUGGGACGUUGUCCUCUGCAUCUCGGGGACCAUCAUCUCCUGUGAGAACGCCAUCGUGGUGGUGGUCAUCUUCUACACCCCGGCUUUCCGCGCCCCAAUGUUCCUCCUGAUCGGCAGCUUGGCCACAGCCGACCUCCUGGCAGGCUUGGGGUUGAUCCUGCACUUUGCCUUUGUGUACUUGAUUCCGUCGGAAGCGGUCAGCCUGCUCACCGUGGGGCUCCUGGUCACCUCCUUCACGGCCAGCGUCAGCAGCCUGCUGACCAUCACCAUCGACCGCUACCUGUCCCUCUACAACGCCCUCACCUACUACUCAGAGAGGACGGUCACCAGGACUUACAUCAUGUUGAUCCUCACCUGGGGAGCCUCCAUCUGCUACGGGCUGCUGCCCGUCAUGGGCUGGAACUGCCUGAAGGAGCCGUCCUCCUGCAGCAUCGUCAGACCGCUGACCAAGAACCACCUCAUCAUCCUGUCCGUCUCCUUCUUCGCGGUGUUCGCGGCGAUGCUGCAGCUGUACGUGCAGAUCUGUAGGAUCGUGUGCCGGCACGCGCACCAGAUCGCCGUCCAGAGGCACUUCUUGGCCAGCUCCCACUACGACAGCACCCGCAAGGGCAUCGCCACCCUGGCCGUCAUCCUGGGCACCUUCGCGUCCUGCUGGCUGCCCUUCGCCGUGUACGGGCUGCUGGGCGAUGACAGCUCCCCGGCCCUCUACACCUACGUCACCUUGCUCCCCGCCACCUACAACUCCAUGCUCAAUCCCGUCAUUUACGCCUUCAGGAACCAGGAGAUCCAGAAAGUGCUGUGGGCCGUGUGCUGCGGCUGCUUCUCCUCCACGCUGCCUUUCCGCUCCCGCUCCCCCAGUGACGUCUGACGUGCCCCCCCGCAUCUUCCACUCACCGCUUCCAGUCGGGGAUUUGCUCUGAUUCCCCCUUUUCAUUCCCAGAGGCACAUUGCAGGAGCUCUUGGAAUCGAGCAGCUCUUCCCAGCCUCGUCCUUUUUGGGCACAACCCCUUCUUUUCCUCUAUUUUUCCACUACUUUUUGAAAAGAGAGAAAAACGUAUUUUUUAUUCAUAAUAUAAUCUAUAUUUAUGUGUGUGAGAGAGGGGGGUGAUCCUCAUAUUUUCUUUAAAACUAUUUAUGAUGCUUUAUUUUUUUAAAGGGUGAGGAAACACCAGGGAUGUUCAUCCCCUUUUUUUUUUUAUUUUUUUUUUUUUUUUACAAUCUUGUUAUUUACCUCAGACAAAAUAUAUUUUAUACAUUUGGGGAAGGGGAGGAGAGACUCGUUGUCAGAGGAGGAGGGACUCAACCCCCUCCCCCCUUUCUUCCAGCCAUCCAUCCAUUUAUUUAUUUAUUGGUAUUUGAAUUAUUAUUUAAUUUGAUUUCCAUGCCUCCUUCCUGCCGCCCAGCGCUGGGCCCUGCUGCCCUCUAGUGCUCGCUGCCUUCAGGAGGGGGGGGCUGCCGGAGGCUCUGCACCCCCGAACCCACAAGUUUUGGGGUCCUCUGUGUGCUGCCACCCCCCUCACGGCACCCAGGGCUCCCCCUGCCAAAGCCUUUCUUUGCACCGGGGUUGGAUUUGCACAUUUCUGGGCUGGGGAGAUGGAUGUGAAAGGCGAGGGGACCGCCGGGGAUGGGGACCCCUCACGAUAGGGACCCCUGUGGAUGGGGACCCCUCAGUGGGUCAGGGUGGCGGGGCUGCUUCUUGUUUACAGCUCUGGUAGGGGAAUAAAUUAAUUUGUGGUACGA